GCGGCGCGUAUCAGCACGUGCACUGUUUUCACCUUCACCAUCAUGUUCCACCGAUGGAGUAGUGUCCAGUGCUUUUUCUGCCACACGUUGACAACGUCCCCCAAGGAUCCAAGAAAUUUUCGUUGCAACAACUGUGGCUGCUGGAAUCGUUACGACACCAAGGGUGAAAUCUUGUCCUCUGAACCUGCCAUGCACGAUGAAUCUCUCAACUUGCGGUCGUUCUCUAAGCGAGCUUCUCCCAACAAGGAACGCUUACCCACGAUGUACGGAAAGGGCCCGUUCUGCCAUACUUGCCAAACAAACCAGAUGCUCUUGGUCAAUCUCUUGUCAAAUUAUCUGCCAGAUCCAGACAGCCCUGAAUAUGAACGCCGCGUCGAAAUGCUACCCGAAUACAAGGAAUCUUUGCAUAUUCGCUAUCCACCAGUCUGUGCCAACUGUCUCCCUUCUGUCGAAGAUGAGAUACAGAACAAGAACAAGAUGGCGCGUGUGAAUGCUCUUGGCGGAUUCCUAAAGGACACCAAGGGCAAAGAGCAAGCACGUCGCGUUUUGACACCCGAGCUGGCGAAAGAGAAGCUGACCUUGGAGAUGUUAAUUUGGAGAUGUCGAGGUUGUUUAUGGGGCGCAUCGCUGCUGAUUGCUGUCGUUGGGUAUUCUGCUUCAUUGCUGAACUUGCCAGUGCCAUUUUCAAAUAUACUUUGUCCACCUGUGCUGCCAAUCGUGACAUUUGUAUCGAUCUUCUGGACAUUCUGGGAUCCCACCUAUUCCUCCUUGCAAAGGGCACGCAGAGAAGGCCGUAACGUACGAAUACAGGGGAAGAAGAACUACAUAGCGCUGCAAAUGGUCUCUUGGUUAUCUCGGUUAUUUACAUCAAUUUCCAUGACCAUAGCGUGGUACCGGCCAAUGUCAAAUUAUCUGCAUUUACUAGAGACGCCUAUUUCUCCUCGAGCAAGCAUCUAUUAUCUGAUUUCCUUAAUACUGGAGCUAUCUGUCUUCAUCUCUUCUUGCUUCGUGCUCCGAUUACAACAACCUCCUGCUAUCCGUUUACUUGAACUAAACCAGUUGCCCUCCCGAGCAGUGACACCCAAUCCUAACACAUCGCAUUCUAACACUCCACUCACCCCACCAAUCAUUAAUGACAGCGAUUUGCUUGCAUCUCUCACACUCUCUUCGAAGCCCGUUAUCGCCAAACCUCCAAUAUUUGGCGUUCCAUCUCUUGGUUCUUCUGCCCCUCAUUCUACCGCUCACCAACCAGAGAAUGAUAUCGAUGAGAUGGAUUGGACGCCUACAAACGGGCAAAAGGAGAAACCCAGAACAUACGAUGACUCUUCUUUUCUUCGUCCACAAAAGUUCUUUGCUCCAGAGAACCCCACAGGACUGGAAAGCUUAUUCGAGAGUACGAGGCUAGUUGAUGAUAUUACAAUGAACGAGCCCACACCUGAGAGGGCAUCGACCCGCUCGAGCAUUGCAACUGCUCAUUUGUGGAACUGGGGGUGGGUUUAUCUAUUGUCUACACUGCCGGUUGCGGGAGUUAUUUUGUUUCAACGAGUGUACGGCAAGAGAUAUAGUGGCCCUGCACCGACCAGUGAAGUAACGUCUCUAUUUUCUAUACACGACGUGUCCAGUAUUGAAUAA